GAGUAUUUCACUUAGUUCACUUUACACACUGAAAACGAAUGCUCGACGAGCCCCGGGUAGCCACAUAUUUAUACUUUUGCGUCUGCCUGCGCGUUCAUUUAGGGGUGGGUGCCUUAGACCUGAAAACAUUGCUCGAAAAAAAGUAUAAAGCUGAACGCGCUUGGGCACCAUUAUGAUCAUGGAAAGGCAGCCAAGAAGGCUGGCAAAGCCCAGAAGAACAUCACCAAGACCGAUAAGAAGAAGAAGCGCAAGAGGAAGGAGAGCUACGCCAUCUACAUUUACAAGGUCCUGAAGCAGGUCCACCCUGACACCGGCAUUUCGUCGAAGGCAAUGAGCAUCAUGAACAGCUUUGUGAAUGAUAUCUUCGAGCGCAUUGCUGCCGAGGCGUCUCGUCUGGCUCACUACAACAAGCGCUCGACCAUAACCAGUCGGGAGAUCCAAACGGCUGUUCGCCUGCUCCUGCCCGGAGAGUUGGCCAAGCACGCCGUCAGUGAGGGAACCAAGGCUGUCACCAAGUACACCAGCUCCAAGUAAUUUUCUCUUGCUGCGUAUGGGCAGAAAGAUCCAAAACGGCCCUUUUCAGGGCCACAACACAUUUUACCAAAGAAACUACAUUUUCAAUAUACCAUUUGCCAAUCAAAUUCGUGAUAUAA